CUGUCUCAUUCAGCCGGUGGUGAUUCGAACUUCAGCUUUGUUCGUCAAGUCAAUUCCCAGGACGAUCUUUCCAAUCUUCGACCCGAUUACGUUCCUGGUAGACCCAAUCCCGAAACGGAAACACCGACAUCGGAAUCCGGUGCACAGAUUCCGUCUGUCGUGCGCAGUUAUCUGAACCACGCUCGGUUCACACAAGGACUUUUGCCGUUUCAACUAAUCGCCUAUCCAGAUCUGGUUAAUGCCCCCGGUGCACCUCACUUGGAACCUUUCAUGGUCUAUACGAACAGUCGGCCAUCGGCGCGUACGAUUGGGUCUACCACAUUGAAUCCAAACACAAGCACGGUUGAAGCCGAAUUGUCCAACGAAAACACGGAGAGAGUGAAUACUCCAGGGGAUACAGUCGCUCACACAAAUACCACCAGACCGACCAAUGUGACCUAUACGAGUUAUCUCACCGUGCCAACAACUGAAUCCCGCCGUGUUUCUUCACUGAAGACUGAAAAAUCUGAUCGUCGUUCGAACGGGGCCAAUAGAACAGCGGGAACGGCGAACGGGAUUCGACACCGUUCAGCCAACCAUAAAAAUUCAGGGUCAGGGUUGACACUUGAAAAAGCCCCACGUCUUCCAUACAGCCUUAUUGGUUUACGCCAUGCGGAAAUUCUAGACGAUGUACGUCGUUUGAUAGAUCCAGAUGAUGUAAUCUACCGGACUGUUUUUGAUCUGGAUGAGACGACUUUGGCCACUGUACGUGAACUUCAGCAAAACCAUCAAUCGCGCCUGCCUGAUUCGAGAAGCAAUUCACCACGUUCCAUUUUGGGUCGAGCUGGAUUACCUCAUACCCUAAAUGAUUACGAUGAGAAUGCCACUCCGGUUUUGUUGUCCGCAAUGCCAUCACAAUCACAGCAACAGCAGUCGCAGCAGCAACAACAACAACAAUUCCAUCGGAGUCAGGUCAGUACUACCUCCGCUGUACACAUCAGUCCCAGUACAGGCCUAGCCAAUCGUAUGACUGCAUCACCGGAGAGCCAACGUGUUACCGGAAUUGUUUCAUGUCCCUCCACUGCCACGUUACAGCCUCACGUGACUGAUGGUUGCGAAUGUGGUGGCCACGGGGAUUGUGCGCUCACUAAUGAGGACGAGGCUUGGUAG